CCCCCCGCAUUUACUUUUCUGUUAUCCUAGGUGCCGUUUGUGUGCGGGAUCUUGCCUCUCUGCCACAUCCAAGUAUAAAUUAAGGUGCCCCUUCUCACUCCAGUUGAUCGCCCUCGCCAACAUCUUGUUGUUCUCGUUUCAACGUACUUCUCCACACCUACCACCCAUACCACCACGAGAGGAAAAAGUUCGGAAGUGAUGAGUACUACUAAGAACCCUGUCGGCGAGAGUGCUGGGGGCUAUCUCGCUUCUACUUCAGCGUCCGGUGGUGGUGGUGCAAGGUCGACAAACACUGAAUCUCCUUUGAUUACGGUUCAACCCGCCAAGCGUAGCGAUUUGCAACCUUCCUAUGCCCAGGUCCUUGAGGAGGAUCCGAACGAUGCGUCUACCACAGGAUGGUAUGGGUCUAUGAUUAGCGGUUUGGGAUCUGUUAUCGGAUUUCUUGGUGCCGUCCCGUGUUGCAUUGUUUGCCCGAAUCCUUACAAGCCGGUCCACCAAGGUAGUGUCGGUCUCGUUACCAAGUUUGGGAAAUUUCAUCGCGCAGUCGACCCUGGUCUCGUCAAGAUCAAUCCUCUUUCCGAAAAGCUCAUUCCUGUCGACGUGAAGAUCCAACUCUGCGAGGUUCCUCAGCAGGUCUGUAUGACCAAGGAUAACGUCACGGUUCACCUUACCUCUGUUAUCUACUACAAUAUCGACUCGCCGCACAAAGCUACUUUCGGUAUCUCGAAUGUGCGACAGGCGCUCAUUGAGCGCACACAGACCACCCUUCGGCACGUGGUUGGUGCUCGUGUUUUGCAGGAUGUUAUUGAGCGCAGGGAGGAGCUUGCCCAAAGCAUUUCCGAGAUAAUCGAGGAUGUCGCGACUGGCUGGGGUGUGCACGUUGAAAGCAUGUUGAUCAAGGAUAUUGUCUUUAGCCGUGAGCUUCAGGAUUCCCUUUCCAUGGCCGCCCAGAGCAAGCGUAUCGGUGAGAGCAAGAUCAUUGCCGCCAGGGCAGAAGUUGAGUCCGCCAAAUUGAUGCGCCAGGCUGCCGAUAUCCUCUCCAGUGCGCCAGCAAUGCAGAUCCGUCAACUCGAGGCAAUGCAAGCAAUGGCAAAGACGGCAAACGCCAAAGUCAUCUUCCUACCCACCUCAAAUCCCAGCCUUCAGCAGUCACUCCAGGCUUCCGUCGGCAAUGGCGAAGGCCCUAGCAGUGGCGCCGGUCGCCCCUCGGACUUUGGGGAUGACCUGGAUCCCUCCUUCAAUAGGGCUUUGAACGCUCACAUUGUAUCGGAGAUGUAAGAGACCGAUACGCUUAGCUGUCUGGCUGGGAUUGUGUUUCUCAUUUCUUGAUUUCUUGAUUUCUACUUUAACUUACCUUGUUGGGGAAAAUGAUAUUGGGGAUUAGCUGGACCCUUUCGUCCCCGUUUGGGUAUUUGGGCUGAGGUUGGAUUCCGUUGGAAUGGGAUUUGGGUGUAUCAAACAAAAGUAAUGGUUUGGGGUUUUCGGGAUUGUUGACACGAGGGAAGGAUGGUUGAUGUUCCCACUUGAUAAUAGUUAUUAUUAUGCACGAGAGCCAUCUCUCGAAUUAUUAGUCUAAUGAGAAUUUUUGCCUUUUUUUCUUC